GGCGGCGGAGCGGCCGGGCUCCGGCGAGGCGCCCCCCUUGAAGGCGAGUGUGACGUCAGCGGCCGGUCACGUGCCCCAGGAUGAAUCCCGGUGCUGCGCUGCAGGAGGAAUACCGGCGCUGCUUGGAGAGGGACUUCCGCAGGGGCCACAUGGGCGUGUGCGCGGACUCCUCCCUGAAACAGGUGCUGUGGCGCCAGCUGCUGGAGGAGCCGGAGCUGCACUGCGCCUUGCAAGGGGAAGACACCUUUGCCAUGAUCGCGGGGGCCCUGCGGGGACAGUUGGACCUGGGCGUGGCCCUCCAGAAUCUCUGCAGAGCCUUUGAAGUAUUGGAGCUGGCGGCUGUCAAUCUCUACUUCUUCCCCUGGCGGAAAGAAUUUAGCACCAUAAAAACCUUCUCAGGCGUCUACGUGCACGUCCUCCAAGGAGUGCUGUCUGAGGCCGACAUCGCCAGGAGUUUCCACCGGAUGGGCUAUGUCCAGAGAGACAACCUCCACCUGGUGAUUUCUCAGCUGCCACCGGGAGCCGGCCUCCUCCGCGUCGCCUGCAGCUUCUUUGCCGCCCGGGUGGAGUGCGAAAUCCUAGGCAAGAUCGUGGAGGAGACAGAGCUCUGUGGCAUCUCCUCGGAAGAGCUGCUGCAGGCCCGCCGGGAGGUCAGGGGCGGCCUGGAGGGCUGCGUGGCCCAGCUGCAGAGCCUGGCUCGUUGGCCCAGGGGCAAAGACUUCUGCACAGAGCCAGCCGAUGGGGUCGACUUAUAUGGGGAGAGCCCCGAGGAGCCGAACCGUUAUGGCGAGCCUCCAGGAUCCAGGCUGCCGCCUCUGCAUCAGCCUGCCCCCUAUGAGCGCAGCAGCUGCAGCCCCAGGCUGAGGAGCAAGGAACUGCAUGCCAGGAGCCCCCAGGGCCUCCCGGAGGGCAGGAGCAAGCUGUGGGGGCCUGGCCUGGAGCAGCCCUAUGGGAAUGGGCUCAUGGCCUCCGAAGGGCCUGAUCUGGAGACCUCCUUCUCCUUCAUCUCCUUGCGGCGGGAGCUCAGCAGGCUGAGUGACACAGACUCCAGCCCCGUGCAGCCGGGAAGCCAGUUCCUGUCCCCCAUCCCCCACUACGGCAGCUCCAGCCCUCAGCCGCGCAGCCCCAGUAGCCCAGCCUCUCCUUCUGCCAGGCAGCCACGGAGUCCCCAGCUGAGUCCCUUGGGCCUGCGGCGAGCUCAGGGGCUGGUCUCAGGAGUGAUGGGCCCAGAGCCUCCCCGCUACCAUCUGCACUCGUGCCUGCUCCCGGGGGCGCUCCCUUCCUCCUGCUGCGGCAGCUGCCGCUUGCUGCAUGGCAGCGGCUGCGAGAUGGCCCAGCACUGUCGCAGCGCCCACCACGUCGAAGAGCUGCAGAGCGAGAAGCAGCAGCGCCUCUGGCUGCAGCGGACAGAGGUGGACAAGCUCUUGUAGGAGGG